CAGAGGGGUAAUUCCCGUUGCAUCAUCCAAACGCCUUCCUUUGGUGCUGCUUUGAGGAAGAAUUUUGUGUUUUAAAGUCACUUUUGCGAUGGAUUUAUGUCAAUUUCACUUCGGAUACUAUACUUCUUGUUUACGGAUAUGCAUAAACGAUGUGGAUUUCUCAUAUACGUCUGGCAUAACUUGUUAAUUGCUAUAGGGGACUGAAGGUUUUAUCAUGGCGGCAAUUAGAAGGAAGCAUGGGAAAGUCGCUUUGGCAAGUUCAGCCACGGUGUUGUUUUGUGACACUGGGACGUAUGAGGGAUGGGGAACUGUGACGCUCCCCGAGGGACAGACGGAAGGAAAGAAGGAGGAAGAGGAGGAGAGACUGACUGAGAAUGGGGGAAAUCGUAUCCUGGCUUCGGCCUUUUCCCCGAGUGGACAGUACUUUGGCGUCUGCGACAACCAGAAACAGCUCCAUCUGUACAAGACUGGACAGGAGUGGACACUGGUCAGCACAAGGAGUGUGGUGAAGCGAGGAAAGAGCGUGGCAUUCACUCAGGAUGAGGAGAGAGUCAUCUUGUCGGACAAGUCUGGCGAUGUCUACAGCUUCUCAGUAUCCCAGCCUGACAGCCAAGGGGAGCUAACUCAUGGCCACCUUUCCAUGGUGCUGGAUAUGGUGCUGGCAAGGGAUGACCAGUAUGUGGUGACAUGUGACCGUGAUGAGAAGAUCCGAGUCAGCAACUUCCCCAACUCCUACAACAUCUACAGCUUCUGCCUGGGACACACUGACUUCGUCACCUGCCUCAGUUACGUUGAAGAAGACGAUGUUCUGCUGUCAGGGUCAGGGGACACAACGAUCCGUGCAUGGAGUCUGGAGGGGAAACAGCUGAAUUGUACGAAGACCGGUGCCAUCCAGCCUCCCGACACUGACCAGGCACCGGACACAACCACCAGACCUGCAGUCCAGAAGAUGUCCUACUGCCCUAAACACAGACUGCUUGCUGUGGCUUUCUAUGGGUACCCCAGUGUGGAAGUCUACAGAUUGGCAGCCCGAGAUGAGGGCUGUUCCCUGACCCUGCAGCAGUGCAUCUCAUUGACUGUUGACCCCUGGGACAUUAGUUUUGAUGGUGAUGGCAACUUGUGGCUGGUCCAGCCAGUAGAGGGCAGCACGCUACAGGUGUACCGCUCCCUCCCAGAUGGUGGCCAUUCUGUCAAGCUGAGUGAAAUCGGUGAGAGUGAAAAGACACUGUACCAGAUACAGAUGGACGUCAACUCCAAGUGGGACAUGUUUCAGGGUUGCCUGGCAACCCCCAGCACUGUUCCCACUCUCUGGAAACAACGUGUUGAUAAUAUGUCCGAGUACUUGAAGCGUAAGCAACAACGGCUGACGGAAAACAAGGAAGGGGGAGAUAACUCCAACACAGACUCUCCUCCGGAAAAAGCUACAAAAGCCUCAUGAUGUUGACUGAUGUGUAUAUAAUAUACUGAGAUAUUCACAUACAAUAAAAUAAAUAAUUUCAAUAACA